GCGCGGUGCCACCUGCCCGCGGCUCCCGGACGGCUCCGGUAACACGAAACCAGUCCUGCUGGGUGUUGUUCGUGGCCCUGCAGGCUGAAGUCUGCAUUCCAGAUGAGACCUGCAGCACAGCGGGAGGGAGUCUCUCCUUUUCCUUCCUUACUCUGUUUCAAGGGCGCUCACUCGGGCCAGCCGAGACCCGAGAGCACCGCACAGCAUUUGCGGUGGGAACUUCGGAAUUCGCACCACGGAUUUUCACUUGACGUUCUUCUUGCGAUGAUGGCUUUACCACAGAAGAGCCUUUUCCACGCGGAAAGUCCGUGCAGAGGAGCGCUCGUGGAGCUCCCCGCCGCACGUUCCCAGCCCGCGUCCUGCUACGAGGAAGUAGCGCGCCGCCGCUGCGCGCUGCCCCGGCCGGGAGCCGCGUUUAUAUAGCCGCUCUGCGAGUAGGAAGUUGGGCAGCCAGUAGGAUUGCGGGAGGGGGAGCAGCGCCACUGGUUGCACUUCCAGCCGGGAUCGGCGCGCCGGCACACCCGCUGUGACAAAAAGCCCUUUGUGCGAGGGACCGAGCGCCGGAGAGCUUGCCGCGUCCUUCGCUUUUCCCCACCGGAGCCCGGGCGGCCGAUGGGCGGCGGCGCGGGGAGCAGGAAGCAGCGGGAGCGCGGCCCGGCCGCUGCCUGCCCGCCCCGGGCCCGGCCCGCCGCUGCGCAGCGCUGCGUGCGGUGAGCGCCGGUCCCGAGCGCCCGCCCGGAGCUGGAGCCGCUCCCCGCGCCCAGCAUGGAAGGAGGAAACGCGGGGUGCAGCCAGCAGUUUCCCGAGCGGGCGGGUCCCGCGGAGAGCGAGCCUGACGUCUUCACCACUUUUGCGGUCAGAACACUUUUUGGACUUACAGCCAAGUUGGAAUCGGUAACUCCCAAAGAAGAAGAAGCAGUGCUUAAAGCGUUUCAACCUUUGCACGCCAAUGUCAACACUCAGGCUAACAAUCGGAAUGAGAGGAAUGAUAAUGACGGUGAUGACGACCCAGAAAACCAGCACGGCGCAAGCUGUACCAGUGACCAAGCUGACCCGAUGUCUGGCAGCCGUGCUGAGCUGGAGCCGGAGCCGGCAGGGCAGAAUGAAUUACUUCUUCACCAUUUAAAAUCCGUACAGACUUCUUUGUCUGAAUCUGACAACGAUGACAAGGAUGCUAUUCUCGUACAAGGUACUUUGGUUCACACAACAAGUGACACGGAAUCAGAUGGUGAGAGUAAGGACCCAGAUGCUGAUGAAACCAGCGCAAGCAAAUGUGGGCUAAACAAUGCUGCUUUGUCUGCUGUGGCUUUGUACUGUAACAAUCAAAGUAAGGAAGAGUCAGACUCAGAAGGAUACGGACACAGCGAUGACACUGUGGGUAGAGAUGACACUGAGUUGUACCCACCAAUUUCUCAGUGGCUUCCCAGAGAGCUGGACAGCAUUCUGGAGCGUGACUCCAGUGGCAAAGACCGAACGUUAAUGGAUGAGCAGUUCAGUUGCUUGCUUGCUCCGGGGGAAUGCCCUCCAGAACUUGCAGGUGAGGAUCAAAGACCUUCAGCUGAUAAUGCACCUCUCCAUAAAGCAGCACUGGCUGAAAAAAGUUUCCAGCUGCCUGCUUUCUUUAGUGGCCUACGUGUGAGGAAAAAGGGACUAAACACAGAGGAUGGGGAAACUAUUACAGAAAUUAAACCAAGAGAGAAUGAUUUAGCUCUGCUUAAAUUACGACAGCCUGUUAAGAAAUCCAACAUUACAUCAGGUUUGACCACAAAAAAAAAAUCGUCUGAACCUAAAGCAAGUCCUACUUUCCUGGAGCAGCUCUCUCACCUCUUGAACAUAGACGUCUCCAAGAAUGACGAGAGAACCCAAGAUUCUGGUGCAGGGUCUGGGGAGACUGAGGACAGCGAUGAAGGUCCAGAGAACAAAGCCUCUGGCAAAACAGAGCCACUAUUUCCCUCUGAGGAAAUAAAAUCGAGCCCUGCCGAAUCUGCACUGGAUGUCUUUAAAGCUUUGUUCACACGGCCUCCCAAAAAAGAGACAACUGCGGAUCCUUCAGAGCUGGAAGCCAUCAAACGCAAAAUGAGGAAUGAAAAAGAGUCCUUGAAAGCUGUAUUUGAAAGGUCAAAAUCUAAACCUGGCGAUGGACCAUCAGACAAAUCUCCUGAUCUGAGUCCCUCAGAGCAAGAUGACAAGACUCCAGGGAGACUCCAGACUGUCUGGCCACCACCGAAAGCAAAUCAUGAAGAUGUAAAAGUAGGACUAAAGUACACAGAAGCAGAGUAUCAAGCUGCCAUUUUGCAUUUAAAGAGGGAACACAAAGAAGAAAUUGAAACAUUAAAGUCUCAGUUUGAACUCAGGGUAUUCCAUAUUCGUGGAGAGCAUGCUGUAUCAACUGCUCAGCUUGAGGAAACAAUUGCACAUUUGAAGAAGGAACUUGAUAAUAAAUUGAACAGAAGGAAUGAAGAAGCAAGGGAUAUUGGUGUUUCUACUGAAGAUGAUAAUCCACCAAAGACGUACCGAAAUGUAUGUAUACAGACUGACAGAGAAACUUUUAUAAAACCUUGUGAAGAAGAAAACAGAGUUGUGAAAAAUAACCAAAUAGUACCCAAAAAGCUUAAUAUUUCUUCUUUGACACAUAGUAUUUCUGCCCAAAGUGAAAAUAAGGACAGUUAUGAUGUACCAUCUUCAGAAAGUGUCUUAUCUUGUCAACCAAAACAAAUGCUGCCUCCACCACCUGCACCUCCACCACCACCUCUACCACCACCACCUCCUCCCUUCUCCAAUUCUUCACUGCCAGGUUUAGUUCCUCCACCACCACCUUUGCCAAUGGGUCCAACUUCAGUGACACCUCACUUUGCAUCCGGGCCUCCACUUCCACCUCAACUUUCUGAAGGCUGUAGGGAUUUUCAAGCACCAGCACCACCGGCACCACCACCACUUCCAGGGUUGGGACCUCCUGUUCCUCCUCCACUGCCUGGAUCUGGGUUACCUCCACCGCCCCCACCCCCUGGACCUGGGUUCUUUUUUAAUAGCACUUUAUCUUCAAGUCAAGGUCCUCGGAAACCUGCCAUUGAACCUAGCCGUCCCAUGAAGCCUUUGUAUUGGACACGGAUACAAUUGCAAGGCAGCAGGAAAACUGCUGUACCGACAUUAUGGGAAUCACUAGUAGAACCUGAUAUACUUGAUACUACUGAGUUUGAAUAUUUGUUUUCCAAAGACACCACUCAGGAAAAAAGAAAACCAUUAUCAGAGACUUACGAAAAGAAAACCAAGGCCAAAAAGAUUAUCAAAUUGUUGGAUGGAAAACGAUCACAAACUGUAGGAAUUUUAAUAUCCAGUUUGCACCUGGAGAUGAAGGAUAUUCAGCAAGCUAUUCUGUGUGUUGAUGACUCCGUAGUAGAUCUGGAAACACUGGAAGCGCUAUAUGAAAAUAGAGCACAAAAGGAUGAAUUGGAAAAAAUCAAGCAAUAUUAUCAGACUUCAAAAGAGGAGGAACUGAAGCUUCUGGAUAAACCAGAACAAUUUUUAUAUGAAUUGUCUCAGAUCCCCAAUUUCACAGAACGAGCUCAGUGUAUUAUUUUCCAGUCAGUUUUCUCUGAAGGGAUAACAUCAGUUCACAGGAAAGUUGAUAUCUUAACUCGUGUUUCCAAGGCUUUGCUGAACAUGACAAGUGUAAAGGAGAUUUUAGGUUUGAUUCUGGCAUUUGGAAACUACAUGAAUGGUGGGAAUAGGACUCGAGGUCAAGCUGAUGGAUUUGGUUUGGAAAUACUCCCCAAACUAAAAGAUGUCAAAAGCAGAGAUAAUCGUAUUAAUCUUGUGGAUUAUGUUGUCAUAUAUUACCUUCGCCACUGUGAUAAGGAAGCAGGAACAGACAAGAGUACUUUUCCUUUACCAGAACCACAGGAUUUUUUCCAGGCCUCCCAAGUUAAGUUUGAAGACCUAAUAAAAGACUUAAGGAAACUGAAGAGAGACCUAGAAGCCUCCGAAAAGCAGAUGAAGUUAGUUUGCAGAGAGUCUUCAGAAGAGCAUCUCCAGCCCUUCAAGGAGAAAUUAGAAGAAUUCUUCCAGAAAGCUAAAGAAGAACGUAAAAAAGAGGAGAGCAGUUUGGAAAAUGCACAAAAAUGCUUUGAAGAAACAGUGGGAUACUUUGGGAUAAAGCCAAAGCCUGGUGAGAAGGAGAUCACACCAAACUAUGUUUUCACGGUGUGGUACGAAUUCUGCAGUGACUUCAAGACCAUUUGGAAACGAGAGAGCAAAAGCAUUUCCAAAGAGCGAAUUAAAGUGGCUCAGCAAUCAGUAAGCAAGUUAACUGCAGAGAAGAAAGUUGAAACAAAGAAAAUCAAUCCUACAGCUAGCCUGAAAGAAAGACUCCGUCAAAAAGAAGCCAAUGUGACUGCCAACUGAAAGAAGAAAGAUGAAAAUGAUAGUGUGUCUUAAUACCUUUUAUGAUGCUUUAUUAUGCCCAUGGCCCAGACAGCACCUUAUGUUUGCUGUUGAAUUCUGCUUUGCUGAUCUGUUCCAAGACAAUCUGCUAAAGAUUUUUCAGUUCCUUCAAAGGGGUUUGUACAAAAAGUAGAAGGAAUUCUAAGAAUUUUUUUUUUACAUGGGAAUUCAGAAUGAUUUUCUUUAGUUCUUCCUUACAUUGUAAGGAAUCUGGUUCUUAAUGGUUAUUUGAAGUACUCUAUGUGUAAUGCAGUAAUAUGGAAGAGUUAAAAUGAGAAUUUUGGGUACUAGAUUAGAUAAUGACUAACAACCUGUAGGUUAUUUACAGGGAUUUGUGUAGAUUAGAGUAAAUAUGCUGUUCAGCUCACAAAGGACUAUUACACCAUAUUUUUUGUUACUUCAGCAGUAACCGAAGUAAAAUUGACUAACUGUAAGUAAUAUUACAGUGUCUGAGUACUGGAUGCUUCUUUCUAAAACUGAUUAAAUGUAAGUAUAAAUUUAUUCUGUAUUUUACUAUACAUAUUUUUAUAGAAGCCUAAACCUAUGCCACAUAUUGAAAUGAAAGCAGUAUUUUGCACAUGGAAAGGAAUAGCCUCGAAUUCUUUAUCUGUAUGAUCGAUAGUGUAACUGAUUCACUUUUUUGUUUGUUUGUUUCAACCUGUCCUAUAUUCUGAGCUCCAAAAAAAAAGAUUAAAAGUAUAUAUUUUUUUCAGUAUAUAUUGAAACUACCAGUUCCAUAAAAUAAUGUAUUUACUAGUCAUUAUUCAUUGAACUAAAAUACAACAAUGUGUUUCCAUGAAGUUAUACAUUUGCCAUUAAAUCUUCAUCUUUCAAUUCUAUUGAAAGCUUUCUUUUAAACGAUGACUAAGUCACUCUAAAAAGCCUGGUCUUGUCCUGCUGUAUUUUUAUGAAGAAUGUAUCCAGCAUAUAAAUAUUUAUCUAUCUAUAUGGAUAUAUAAAUUUAAUAAGUAAAACUUGUGGAAGAAGUAUGAGCUGUCAUCCUGCGGCAUUGUAACUGUUGCCUGUGAAGUAGCAGAGCCUGAAAAAAAUGUACCAAAUAUCCACUGUUACUUAAAGAUUCUUAGAAGGAGAACUCUUGAAGGAGGAGUUAAUUUAAUGUAAAAACAGGGCAACAAAUUGGAGAAAAUAGGCUUCUGCUUGCUGACCAUAGAGAGAAAUUGCCUUCUUAGUGGUGAUGAUAUUUGAAGUGGAUUAGGAAGAUAAAGAAAAAUUAGAAAAAAAAUAAUGAGGAGAAUGCAUUCGUCCUUUGACUUAAUAGGUGGAAAGGAUACCCAUGAAACAAAUUAUUCAUCACUAGAAAUGAACACUUGUUAAGGAAGACGACAGUACUGGAAACUAACCCCCAUUCAUGACUGUAGCUUGAAGACUUCAUAUAUUGCAGGUUUCAUAAAUGAGUCUAUCAGUCCUGAAUAUAUAAAAAUAAGGGAAUCAAGAUCACUCUGUAUGUUUUGGAGUUUCUAGCUGCUACAGAUACACCUGAGAUGUGUAAGCAUAAUUCUUAUGGAAACAGUCAAUAACACACCAACAAAAAUAAAUUAAGUUUUAGCUCCAGUAUUCCCACUGAAGAAAAAGGCAUUUCAAAGAUUUAAAUUUUCUGUCUUCCAUCCAGUAGGUAAAGUACAUUUAUUUCCAAUAUUAUGAGUGAUAAGAGGAGCAAUAACGCUUAUAAAAACCAAAGAACAGCAAGCAAGGCAAUUCUGAUGAUUUUGUAAGCAAUCAACUGUUGAGUUUUGAUAUGUUUUUAAUCUGUCCUGAAGAGAGUGUAUAUUGACAUUUGGUUGAUUGGGAUUUUUUCACUGAAAUGUUUUAUUUGGAAUACCAAUCAAUAAGAGUAGCACUGUUUGUGAAAUAAGGUUUGAUGUUGAAAAUUCUCAUUAGAAAUGUACUAUGGAUAAAGUUUUUAAAUUAUUGAAAUAUCCUGUUUCAAAAUUUCUCUCUGUGAAGUUUCAUUUUUCGGUUCAAAGUGACUUUUUCAUUUUGCAAUGUUGAAAAAUGUAUAUAAAAAGGGAUUAAAAUUAAAAUUUUUGAUGUAAAGUGUUCCUUUAUUAGAUUUAUAAUUCUUCUUUUUGUUUUCAGAUUCUUAAUUUGCCAACAUUUUGAGAAUAUAGGCUAUCUUUCAGAAAUCCCGAAAACUUACAUUGCACAGAUAUAUUGUUUCUUCCUUGUUUCCAUUUAUAUCAGCUUUACUCUUGAGAUGGAGAUUUAGAUUAUGUCUUCAACCGUAACUUAAAUUAUCUAUUAGUUGUACUAUUGGUUGUACUGUUUUUAAGUGGAGUAGAAAAAAAGUACAUCUAGACUAUGUAAUUAAUUCUCUUACUGAAGACUAAGAUUCUUGGGUGGAAAUCAUCAGCUAAAUAUCAGACUGGCACCCUAAAUACCACAGUGACACUAGUGCUGCCCAGAGGUGUCAUCAGACAAUGACUAAUGGUGUAUGUGCUGACCUCAACUAAACUAUUGGAUUAGCGAAGAGAUAUUAAUGGAUAUUAUGUAUCUAUGUAACCUGCUCAAUUAUGACAUGUUUAGGCACUAUAGACAUAACAAACAGCCAUCAACAAGACUCAUCUUGAGGUCACCAAGUGUCACCAAAAGUUAUGUUUGAAAUUUAAAUUUAGUUUGGUCUCUCAUUUUACCUUCAGUUUUCUAGUUUAGAGGGGAAGAAAGGAGGAGAGAAAGUGAAAAGAAUGGAAGUAAAGAGACAGAAGGGAAGACUGGUACAAGGUACAUGACUACAUUACUGUCAAGGAAGUAUGAAUGGAAUAAAUAAAGCCAAGCAACCAUAGCUACACAGUUGCUAUUUUCCAAGCUACUUCAUUUAAAAUACUUCUAUGCUAUGCAGAGUUUGUUUUUUACUCUCCUACUAUUGCCAAGCUUCUCAAAAUCUGUUAAGCAAAGCACUAUUAAAACCCUUUUUACUCAGUGGGUGCUUAUUACACAGAAAAAAAAAAUGGUAUGUGUUGCUGGUUUAUAAACUGGAUGAUUAGUAAAAACUUAAUUUAGAUGAGUAACUCUCUAAUUUGUGAAGUGCUCUUUAACAUAUUUACAGUGUUAUCACUUAUUGAUAGUAAAAUGAAAGACCUUUUAGCAUCUUUGAGGUAUUUUGACACUAUAAAUUACAUUUUUAUGGUGUUUAUAAUAAUCUGUGAAAACUACCUGUGUAUUUUUCCAUGACUCACAUGUGUUUUACCAUGUGCUUUAUUUUAGGAUUGUAAGUGUAUAGGUUGAAUAUAAUUUUUUUCAACAAAACAGAAACUGUAGUUUCUGUACAUAUGGAAAAUGAAAGUACAAUGGAAUACUUAGAAAGCAGAGAGAAAAAUAAUUUAGCUUCUUAAGCGGUUCUAGGAAGGAUGAAGUUUACCUAGGAUUUCAAACUUCCUGAAUUGCUGAGGAUAUACCUGCAACCAGAUAUUAACUGCCAGGGUAUCUCUAACCAGUCUAAUUGUUUUCUACAUGAAAGAUGUACAGAAUAUUUUUUUUUCCAUAUGAUGCACAGAUUCUUUUUGUCCUGAUUUCCUAGUAAAUUUAUAGCAAUUUCUUUCUCAUGUUUCCUACUUGAGGGAUACGAGGCAGCAGAACACUCUGUAUUUAGGUAUGUAGGGAUGCCAUUUCCUCAUUGCUUCAGGUCACUAUCUUAAAAAUGGAUGCCUUAAUCUUGUAUGGGUGCAGAAUUUCUGAAACACCCAAACAAAUUCUAAAUAUUCAUCUCAUUACAGCAUUAAUGUACUUUUUGAAAAUCCAGUUCCCUAAUCUUGCUUAGGUAAUCAGCUAAACUUGUAGUGUUAGGAAAGUAUAUCCAUCUAGGUUUUGCUCAUUCUUGGCCUUGUCUGGAUCUUGUUUAAUUUUGUUAUGGAUCUCACUAGUUAUUUAUUCCUUUUAAAGUCCACUAUAGUUUAUUAAUUUUUUAUAGUAGAUGCAGCCUGGAGAGUUCUCUUUGGUAUUUUUCCUAUGAAGAUAAGCCUAUGUAUAUGCAUGCAAGUGCAAAGAAUAUAGAAUGCCAAGAGAUAACUUGAUUGUAGUCAAUACAUUGCUUCAAAAUGAGAAAAUAUUGGGAACUAAGUGGCCAGCAAGAAAAAAAAAUUCUGAUAAUUAAAACCAGUUGAGAAAUUAAAAUUAGAAAUAAAUUCCAAACUAUUCUUAUUGAGGCUAAUUAAUCACUGAAAGUAGGUAGCAAAGGUAGUUGUCGUUUCUCCAUUCUCAGUGUUUCUCCAUUCUUCUCUGAUACUUUCAAAUUAGGAUGCAACAUCUUCCUGAGAAGUUUGUGCAGUCCAGUGCAACUUACUGGACUCGGUUCUGAUGUCAUAAGCGUACUCCCAUGUCCAUUGACUUACCAGCUCAGAUAGAUUUUUCUGUCAAGAGGAACUAGAAGUAUGUCAAAAGACCCAAGAAAAUAUUUUUCUCAUCUGUAAUGAAAAAGUUCUUAUCCAAGCUAGAGUAACUGUUUGUUUUUAAAAAUACCUCAGAAAUAGUGUGGCGUAGAAUGUAAUGCAGGAAACUAUUCCCAAAUUAUAAACAUUUGUUUUUCAAAUGAUUAGUUAAUAUGUUUUUUGCACAUUGUGGUAAUUACAAGGUAGCAAAUUUAUAUGCCAUGGAAUUCAAUACUGUUUUAAGGAUCCUCAAGCUAAGUCUGAGAACAAUAUUACUUUAGAUUUCAAAUUUGAAAUCCAAGAAUCACAGAAACCCUAGUUCCUCAACUUAUAUCAACGUUUUUGAGCACGUGGAUGGGAAUUUGACUUGGGUUCAAGAAACAUCAUGCAAAAUGUACACAACAGCCUGUCCUUUUGGUGAUAUUAAAUACAACCUGUUAAUGUCACUACCAAACAUUUCCACUGUGCAACAAGUUUUGAACUAUUUUCCAUAAUUUCAAAUUUUUAAAGCACAAAAUAUGCAAGCAUGCAAUACUUGCUUUUGUGGGGUUUUUUUGGUCAAAAUGCCUGAAAAAAUUUCCUUUCAUUCUUCCUGUCUUCCUUCCUUGUUUCCUUCCCUCCUGCUCUCCCACUCUCCCUCCUUCCUUCCCUCCCACUUUCCCUCCUUUCUUCCUUCCUUUUUCUUUCUCAUUUUUUUAUAUUCAAAAAAAAAAAAAUAUUAGAACUAUUACAUAAAUUUAUCUUUUUUUUUUUCCCACACCUAAACUUGCACAAGGUCCCAGAGUAAUCCUAGCAAACUGACGAGCUUCAACAGACAGUAAACUAUUUUGAGCACUACCUCACUGAACUCAGGCUUUUGAACUAGGGCCUCUUUGUAAAAUGUAAGCACUGGAUAUGAAAAAGUGUUUGUUUUGAGAAGCAGUGAAGUAAUACUGAACUGAUAUCUCUGAGCCAGAACACACCACUUUCUUGGGAGAUUAUCAAGUAGCUUGUUUUCCCGUAAAGUAGAACAGUAUUGCCCUUCUUGUUUUGUUUCUGACAGUUGUCAGCUUAGAAUAAAUUAAAGGCAUAGAUUUUUUUCAUGAAGUAUUUCUGAUGAAUUUAAUUUCAUAUUUUAUGACCUCAAUUUCAUUUUCAGCAAUCUGAUAUUGAGGAAUUACGAAGCCUGUUUAUUGAGUCCAUUACUAUUAGUGCUUAUAUACACAAGUAAUUUUAUAUAUAUAAGUAUUCCUGUGGCCCAUGGGGAAAAAUAUCUAUAGAGGACACUAUAGGGUCAUGUAACUGAACAAAAUCUCUUAUUUAAUCUUGUCAUGAGGAUUAUCCUGAGGUUUCACAGUAUCAGACAUAGAUUACUUUUUUAUGGUAGGUUCUGGUAUCAAAAGAUGUUGGAGCUCUUGGAGCUUUUGGAGGAUGGAGAAGGAGGCUGUUUGCCAUUAGCCAUCAACUACUAAAACCAUUGCUGCUAUGGAGUUACUCUGCAGUUCAGUUCCCCAAAUGAAGAUUGCCCCAGGGGCUACUGGGAGACUGGAAAAUAUAGUCCAAGGGGUAUACAUUUUCAGAGGGAAAAGGGAUCAUAGCUGUGAAAGAUUAAAGUAGAAGCUAGCAAGCUCUUCCAAAAUAGUAGAAAUAUUGUAUGGUAGUAGUAUGCAAUCUUUAAAUGAGCUAUGUAGAUUUCAGAAAUUAUGCAUUCAUAUACAAACUUCUUUGUGUGCCUAUAUUUUUGUUUUUAUUGCUCAUAUAAUUUAAUAUGAACAGAAUCACUUAUGCUUUUUUACUUUUUCAUUGUGCUCUGACCACUAAAAUAGAUCCAUUAACAGGGUGCCAACAGGCAAUUUCACUUCAGGUUUCCCAAUGUUGCCCUAACAGUAAUCUUCAUGUUUUUCUAGGGCUAAGAAGAAUUUAGCUCCCACACCACCGGAGUUGUCAGCCUUGUCUAAGUUGUAGCUUAGGGCAAAUGAUGGUGCCAGAUUCUAUCAUUACUGAUGGCUAUUUUCUUCAAUGCAAUUACAAGUUGCUUGGGGCAAAAUACAAUCCUGAAGGUGAUGGGGUGUUUUUUUUUUUUUUUUUUAAUUCCCAUUAAACUGUAAUGUACAUGAUAAAGCCCUAAGAAGUACUGACAUGGUCUAAGAUUUGAGAACUCUGUUGACUCUGGCAUUGACAUGGUCUAAGAUUUGAGUACUGUGUUGACUCUGGCGUUGACAUGGUCUAAGAUUUGUGUACUAUAUUGACUCUGGCAUACAGUAUCCUUGUUAAGUUAAGCUCCAGUGACUUUUAGGAAGAGGAGUUGUGACAUCUGUUCACAGAUUGAGAGUCUUUCUUUAAUCUAUUUGGAAUCUGAGGCAAAAUUAUUUUUUCUUUUGUGACACGUGAAUUACUCAUUAAAAAAUCCAAAUGGUAUAUUUGCUCUCGCCUGGAGAGAUCAAGCAUGUAGUUCAAAUUUUUUACUCUCAUUUGGUAUGCUGUAAAUACAUUCUGUAGUGGUUGGGCAAAUGCUCAUUCUGAGCAACCAUCCAUAGAUAACAUGUUAUAGAAACUGCAUAACCCUGUAGAAAUCAAAGAAUAUAGUGUUAGUUCCUGCUCCUUAAAGCAUCUAUAGUCAUCAAGUGAACAUAUGUAUAGUAUGGCACCUACUGCUUAUUUCCUAGUAUAUUGUAGUUUAAGAAACAUAUGGCCAUUAGCAGCUAAUUUUUUUUUUCUUUUUUGUAGUUCAUUCUUUGGUUAGUUAGUUUGUUAUUUACUUUACGAGAGUAAGCUUUUGUGAUGUGAGUUUAUUCUAUACUUUAAGGGAAAACUCACCAUUUCAUAACAAAGCAAAAUAGACCAAGAUCACUGUUCUAUACUUCUUUCAAAUCUGACAGGAAGGAGGAGGAAUAAAAGUGAUUAUUUAUUUUUUUUGCAUUCUACAUGAAAACAGUACUUCAUCUGAUUCCUUUUCAUUCCAGUUACUCAUUUUGUGUUACAGUCUAGUGUGUUUUAGAAAGACCAUGAAGAAAUUAGAAGGUUCAUGUGUGAAUUUCAUUCCUUAAAGAUUCCCUGUACCAUUCAAAUUCAACAGAUUGGCCUGAAGAACUCCUGCCCUAUUCCCCACUCUCCUUGUUUUAUCAAAAGUAAAGUCAUGUAGUUACAAAACUAGUUGCUAAAGCUCCAAGAAAAACUCAACUUUGAGUGAAGAGAGAUCGCUUAUCUUCCAAACCACAGCAAAGACUUAUUCAGCUUUACUAAGCAUGAUUUGAACCUUAGCAAUUCACCUAAACAACUCAGUUUCAAAGGGUUAGAUAAUCAGUACAAUGUUUUUAUAUAUUUCUUUUCCUUAUUAUUUUACUUUAAGAAAGCGUGCCUCUCUGAGUAGGAGACAGAACUUGUGCAUUUAAUUAUGUAAUCAAGACUUUUGCUUUAUUUGAGAACAAAAGUACAUGUGAUAUGAGAAUUCUAUCUCAGCGUCUUGGCAUUACAUUUUAUAAAUAUUUUCCAUCUCUUAUCCAGAGAUGAAAUAAAGAGACUCUGUAACAUACCUGAAAAGGAAAAGGUUGGCAAAUAAUACAAUUUAAAAAGACACAAAGCCCAUUCUUUCUUUCUAGCUGAUUUUCACUUGAAGUCCAACCUCAAGUAACAUCCUAUUGAAGCAUUGGGGUUUUGUUAAUUAGUUUGAAGUAAAAUAUGAUAUUAUAUCAGAUAAUCAAGCCAGUUUAUCUUGUAUAAGCUUCUGUGGGGCCCAGAGCACUAGUCAAGUAAAAUAAUUCAUGUGCAUGAUCAACAGGUCCAUGUGCUACUGUAGCCUGAACAACAGUUUAAUUUGCAUACAACUUGAAAAAGGAAGAGACUGGAGAGGAUUUUCAGAUGUGAAGUUCAGAAAAGAUUGUGUCAAAUGAAAUGCAUUCUUGUCCUACUGCACCUGUUUUGAAAUGUCACUGAUAUCUCUUGCAAAGGAAAGUAAAGCUCAUGGACCAUGUAAGAUGAAAUUGGUUAAGGACUGUUUGCAGAGACUGGGGAAAUGUGUUGUUUCUUGUGUAAGUCCUCAGCAAAGCUGUGAAUGCCCAGCUGAUGACCAGCAGUCUGAUGACAGUGUAUUUCAGCUAUAUCAGACUUAGGAAAAAAAGCUGCCCCUGUCCAAAAAAAUUACAAGCAAACGAUAGGUACUAUGUGAGCAGAAUGAGUAAAAUUUUAAUAUCUUACAAGGCAACAGGAAAAGGCCACAUUUAUUUUAAAAACUAACUUCAACACAUUGGAAUCAUUCAGUGAGUCUUAGCCUUCUAAAAUGCCCCAGUCUCUUUGAAAAGAUGAUUUAAAGUUUCAUGUUUUGAUUUUGAAAAUACAGCCUGUCAUUUCAUACAGAAUACCACUCAGCUAUUACUCUCUGAAGUACAAAGCUAAAAGCUUAGCCGUGUUCAAAUGUUUGAGGAAGAAAAAAUAGAGAAAGAUUAUUUUUGGAGGAAUCAGAGUUGGCAUCUAGAAAGUGUUUUUAGUAGGAUUAUAGUAUGAUUUUCAACUUCUAUUUAGUUAUUUUGAGAUUUUUUUUGUUUUCCUUUCCAAUCAAUUUCAGUUGAAUAGUUGCACUGUUGAACAUUAUUGCUGUUGGUACUCUUCCCUCUCUUCUCUCCAUUUGACUCAAAAACAUCAAAAUACAGGCUCCUUUGGCUCCUUAACAUCUCUUUGAAGACGUAGCAAAAUGGCAAAUUCUCUAGUAAUGCUAUUAAUAUUCUGUGUGUACCAAGCAAGUUUCACAGGGUUUAGUCUCUCAUGUCUGCAUGUGAUUUGCUUUAAUAAAAUCAUAGUUUUGCCCAUUUGUUACAUACACACUCUGCAUUAAUAUAUUUGCUGUCAUUUGAAUUGAGCUCAACCUUGCACUUUUCAUCCCACAAAAUGUACUGCAAAAAUAACAGAAUAUUAGUACGGUUUAGUAUUUUAUUUUCAGGAAUUGAAGUCCUUUGAGUAGUUCUCGACUAAAUGUAACAUAAAUAUCCAAGAAUAAGCUAAAUAGAUUAAGGUGCAUUUUUCCCGCUUCACUUUGUAAUUAUGUGUGUGUGUGUUUUUACUACGUAAAUGAAAGUUUAAUUUUCUCAAAAACAAAAUGUGCACAUGAUUAACUUUGUAAAAGUUGUUGUACUGGAAUGGAGUAUUUAUUUUUAAACUAAAUUCUUAAGGAACCAUUAUCUGUAAAUAAAAGACUAUUUUCCUCCUCAGUAUUUUUGUUCAUCCUAUCAAUUGUAGUUAAAAUUUGUAUGUAAAAUAUGUUGUUGAGGUACUGUGGGUUUCUCUGUUUAAAUAAUCCUGUCUCAAUGAUGUUUUCUUUGUUUAAUCUACUGAUCCAGUCAAUAUUGUAGAUUCAGUGCACUUGUUAAAAAGAUUAAUAUUAUUUUGGAGAUCUGCAAAGAAUUAAAAUACGUAGCUUACAGAUGUAAA